CCCAGCUCAUCUCAGCCUUCUUUCUUCUCCAAGUCCAGGUGCCGGUCUCCUGACUUGUCUUUAUUCUAUUCACUUUCGACUAGCUUACGACACAACUCUCCUUUUUCGCUCACACUUUAACGACACCCUUCACUUUUAAUUCUAUCACUCUUCACGACUCCAAACAUGUACGCUCCCAAGGCCAUCCUCGCUCUUGCUAUCGUUGCUGCCGCUGCCCCCGCUCUCGCUCAGUCCUACGGCGGACCCCUUGUUACUCGUGAGGACCUUGCUCUCGCUGGUGUUGCCCGUAAUGUCAACCUGGUUCGCUCCGUCGGCGAGGCCAUGGGCAUGAAGCGGUCUGAGGUGGAUGACAUCCUCGCCCGCUCGUUCCACGGAAAGCAGCACGGACACAAGGCCGGUCACAAGCUCGGCCAAAAGCACCACGCCCGUGCGCAGGGCGCUGGACAGCACAAAGCUGGUCGCAAGCACCACAAGGGCGCGAAGCCCCAGCAUGCCGCUGCCCACGCUGCGCGUGCGCUCCUCGCUCGCGAGACGCAGGGAACUCCCGCCCCUGCCCCCGCCCCCGCGGACCAGUCCGGCGCGUUCGACUUCGGCGCCUUCCUGAAGGGCCUGCUCCGCCGCGAAGACGUCGAAAUGCUCGCCCGCGCCGAUCCUUCUGACCAAUCUGGCGCUUUCAACUUCGGUGAUUUCCUCAAGGGCCUGCUCCGCCGUGAGGACGUCGAGAUGCUCGCGCGAGCAGACCCCACUGACCAAUCUGGCGCUUUCAACUUCGGUGAUUUCCUCAAAGGUCUGCUUCGCCGUGAAGAUAUCGAGAUGCUCGCCCGCGCCGACCCGUCGGACCAACAGUCCGGCGCGUUCAACUUCCUCAAGUUUGUCGGCGGCCUCCUUCGCCGUGAGGACGUUGAAAUGCUCGCCCGCGCCGAUCCUUCUGACCAAUCUGGCGCUUUCAACUUCGGUGAUUUCCUCAAGGGCCUGCUCCGCCGUGAGGACGUCGAGAUGCUUGCCCGCGCUGAUCCGUCCGACGAUCAGUCAGGCGCCUUCAACUUCCUCAAGUUCAUCGGCGGCAUCCUUCGCCGCGACGAGGACGAGCAGUCGGGUGCGAUCAGCGCCAAGACGAUCCUCGGUGAUGUCGGCAAGGUCGCGGAAUUUGCUCUCCCAUUCGUCCUUCGUGAGGAGCAGAUGAUGGCUCGCAGCCUCAACGACCUCGACUAAACAUCUUUGGAGACUUUAGCGACGAGUUUUGUGUUUUGGUGUCACCUUUAAAUUAGCGAUUAAGCCUGCUAGUCCUCUAUGAAUGAAAUGAAGACCUGACGGCUCGCUGAGGAGCUCACUGGUAAAUA